UAAGAUAAAGACUGCGUUUAGCAUAGACCCGUUUGAUGGAUUCAUCACAAAUAACGGGAACCAAUUUAUGCUUUGUCCAAAGCUAAUAAUACAACGUUGCAGUGCAGAGAGUGCAUUUGCUUACUGCAGGCUUGGAGCUACAGUAAAAUGGAGAAAUCCAGAAGCAGUUCAAAAUCUCUGAAGAUGCAUGAAAUCCAACAACUACCUAGGCAUCAGAUGCAUGCAACUGGGCAAUCUGUUGCUCCCCAAUCUGCCAGACAUCGAGUUCAGGACAGAGGUCAUGACGAUCUGGGUCAAAUUGGUUAUACCUGGCAUCACAGAAGAAGGUUAAAAGAAUUCCAAAUCAGAUACUUAGCAAGGAAGUUCUUCCAUCUGUGGGCAAAAAAGACAUUUGGACAAGUUUUCCCUUCCAAAGCCAGAUGCUUUUACGACCAGAAGAUUCUUCAAAAAACUUUUGGAGAGUGGAAGGAGUGGUGGACUGUUUGCGGAGAAAGGAAGCUCAGCCUCAGAGCAGGCAGCCAUUACAGGCAUUUACUCCAGAAUUUGAUAUUCAAGGCUUGGAGAGCCUAUGUAUGCCAGCAACAAGGAAAGAGGAACAAAUACUGUGUUGCAGAGUCUCAUGCAAAGAAGCAAAAAUUGCUCAGGACCUGGCGGCACUGGCUUGUUUAUGUUGAUGUUCAAAGGACAAAACAUGGGAUGCAGUCUGUGGCACUGGCUUUCAGGGAAAGAAGCUGUUUGCGCAUAUCGUGGGCAGUGUGGAGAAGACGACACUACCAGAACAGCAGUGGACAUAAAAUGAAUAUUUUAGCUCUGCAGCACUGGGCCCAGAGCCUGCAAUUUCGAGCUUGGUUGCAGUGGCGAGAGCUGUAUUUAUACAGCCAGAAUGACAAGCAGAAGGAGACUAGGGCAGUAACUCACCAUCGGCACUGGGAAUUAAAGAGGUGCAUGGAAGCGUGGCUAGGAUACUUAAACCUCCACAGAGAAAAGAAACUUCAGAAUGAGCUGGCCCAAGAGCAUCACCAAAGGAGGAUAGUCCGGCAGUGUUUCUCUCAUUGGCAGCUGUCAUGGGAGUGCAGGAGAAGAGUGCAUGCUCACCAAAAGGACAUUGAAAAACUAGCAGCAAGGAUUGCCUUAUGGAGAGUCUUUGCACACUGGAAGCAUUAUGUUGUACUGUGUGUGGAAGAGACUCGACAGUGUGAGCUGGCUGAAAAACACUACAAGCAUCAUCUGUUGGAGUCCAAAGAUAGCUUAUUGCAUAUGCACAAACUUGGGUUUAAGGGUCUUUGGCAGAAUGUCAUGAACGCUCGUCUUCAGCAAAUGAGAAAAAAUCUGUCAUACCGUCAGCAUCAAGUUACAGUGCUGCAGAAGUUCUGGAACCAUUGGAAGUCCCGUUUGGAACAUGAGGAAGAACAGCAGCAGCAGGCCUUAACAUCAGUGGCUCAUGCCCAUUACAGGAGGGUGUUGAUGAAACAGGUAUUUGACACGUGGUUGCUGAAUGCCUGCAACCAGCAAGAAUACAGAAUGGGAGAGGAGAGGGCUGUACUUCAUUUUGAAAGACAACUAUUGCGUUGUUGCUGGCGCUUCUGGCAUAGAAGAACAGCUGCAUGUUUGGAGGAGCAAGAGGGCUUGGUUCGUGCGAGAGAUCACUACAGCAACCUGCUGCUGCUAAAGGCUUUCGGUCUGUGGAAGCAAAAUACUCAGGAGAGAAAAACGGAGAGGCUCAAGGAGAUGCAAGCCUUAAGAUUUCAAUAUUCAAAGUGUCUGCAGCAGACUUGGAACAAGUGGAAGGAGUACAUGGGACAUCAACGUGAGAAGUGGAGGAAGUUGGUGCAAGCAGACAUGCAUUACCGGCACACAUUACUGUGCAAGACCUUGGCAGCCUGGAAGAGUUACCAACAUAACGUACAGUGCGUUCUAUACCAAGUAGCUGAAAAGGAGAAACAGCACACUAGACUACUGCUGCGACAGCUUCUGUGUACGUGGAGAGAAAAUACCCUUGCUCUUAUAUGUGAAGUGAAGGCAACUACUCAGGCAGAUGAGCACUACAGGAGAGCAAUCCUGUCAAAGGUGUUGCUACAGUGGAGAUAUACUGCCUUGCUACAAGUGCGUUGCCGUCAGCAGAAGGUGACAGCUGUGAUGGAGGCCAGAAAACGUUUGGAUAUAGUGCGUUUACAGACCCUGUUUCUUCACUGGAAGGAAUUAACUAGGGAGUCUCUGAUGCUGAGGGCUCAGCAGCAAAGGGCAGUACAGCACCACCAGCAGCACCUACUCCAGAAGUACCUGGUGAAAUGGAAGGAAUAUCAUCAGCAGCGUGUUGGGAAAAUGCUACUACAGAGACAGGGAGAUUGGCUAAUGACUCGUAGACUUUGCUCUGCUUCCUUCUCUUGCUGGAAGACACAGCUGUUGCGGCAGCGAUGGGAAAAGCGGAAGACGGUGCAAGCAUUGUGGCACUGGUCCCUUUCAUUGCAGAGAAAGGUAUUUGAUGCUUGGCUCACAUUUGCCAAGGGGCAACAGCAGAAGAAAGAUCACAUUGAAGAAGCCACAGGAUUUUACCACACAACUCUUCUGAGAGAAGGUGUAACCCCGGUCUUGAGAGACACUGCUGGCACGGAACAGUUGCAGGGACAGCUGCAAGCCCAGCACCAGCUGAAGAAGCAGGUGACAUUUAAAAUGCCUGAUGUUAGCCUUGAGACAAGAGGACAUUUAGCAGAGGAAGAGCCAUGGCCUUCAAAAUGCAGUCAUCUACCAUUUCACCUUGCUGAUGGGGACUCAGUUCUCAGUGAUCUAAAUGCUAUUCGACGAGCGAGGUUACCACCACGGAGGCCUGACUUUCUUCUGGAAUCUCUAGAAAGCAACGAACUGCUGGGACCUCCUUUUACUAGAUCAGAGGCACCCUUUCAGCAAACAUCUGUGAAGAAACGUUCUGCACGGACUGGGAACUUAAUGCUAACACCUCAAAUGGAAGAAAGUACUUGUAAAUGCAUCUCUCAAAUGGGCAAUACCUCUCAUUCCUAUCCAUCUCUCAUACAUGCUGCUCUCCCGUCUGUACCACUGUGGACAAAUGAUGUGCACCGUGCUGUUCAGAGGCCAGAGCUAUGGUCUCCUUCAUCUUUCAUGUCCCAAAUGAAAGCUGGAGCAGAAAUGAGAGGUCAGCCUGUGAGUGGUCACAAAGGAGCCCAUUCCCAAGACUCUCAACAGGACUCUGUGAAGAAGUUGCAACCAAACUUGCAGCCACAUUUGCUGUCACCUGAAGACUUUGUGGGAAAAAGGAGUCACCAAACUGCAGCUGAGGGGGAAGAAAGGGAGCAUAGUUCCAGAGAAGAAGUGGCAUUACAGAGAAAGCUGGAAGUUGAACUCCAACACAUCCAACAGCAGAUGCAGUACUACUUCAGCAGGAAGCAAGAACUCAAGUCCUGUCAGCAGCAGGCACAGAUUCUACAGAAGUGGCUAGAAAAGAGCAUGCAACCAGAGGCCCAAGAUAGUGUACAAGGAGUUCAGGAAGAACUGGAUCAGUUGCAGGUGAGGAUCAACACUCUCAGCAAAGCACAAGUAAAAGAGAGACAUCAUGUGCAGAAUCUGGUUGCCCGCCUGCAUGACAUCCGGAUUGCUCUGGAUAUAUAAUGCAUCUGAACCAAUUUUCCAGCUCAGGGGUAGGACUUUUUGCCCCUUUCAUAGCAGGGGAGGAUGGAAGAGAUGUAUACACUCUCUCAGUCUAUGUAUGGCAUUUUUAUUUUAUAAAUUAAAUAUUCUUGCUUGUUUUAUUUUCUUACUACAGCUGGUUAAAAACCAAACAAAACAAGCUAAAUACACCUCAUGCUGCACUCACAAUACCUAGCUUAGGUUACCCUGACAUUUCAGAAAGAUAAGCAACACUGAUAAGACUCUUUAUUUCAAAACGUUUGCAGUUAAAUGAGUUCAUGUCAGUAAGUCAUACGCUUUGACAUACAAAAAUACCGUGCUACUGAUACAGUUGAAUUAAAUGGAUUCUCCAUGCAGGAGAAAUUCACAGCAUUAUCAGUACCCUCUAGGAACUUUGCUUUGCUUUCACUUUCAGGGUGCAUUGCUGACCUCUGCAUAACAAGCAAUGUUGGUUAAUCAGCUAGCUCUGCACAGUGUUAAGACCAUCACAAAAACAGUCACUUGCACACUGAAUCCUCUCCUCCUCAAGAUUUCUAAAAAGCAAACAUCAGGUAACCCAUCUGUUACUAGGCUAACAGUAACCUUCAGAUACUGUGGAUGGUGAUGCUGAGUAGGAAGAAAUUAAAGCUUAAAGUUGCUUUGGCUGUGUCUGGAUGCCAUAGGCCCCAGUGGAAAAGAGGGAAAAGAUUCAGGUUUUUUUUCUCUCAUCCACUGGAACGAAUUUGCUUUCUACUGUUAACAUGCCAGUGAAGUUUAGUCAAAAGGCUAGUCAUAGCUUUAUCUUCUUGGGGGUGAUGUUUGCCUUAGUCUUUUCUCAUUCUCACUGAUUUUAAAAAGUGCACAUUUCUAUAACCUGUAUAUGGCAAUAUACUGCUGCAGGAGUAAACUUGCUAAUGCCAAGAAGUUUAACAAGAUAGGUGGCUGAGAGCCACUUCAAGCUUUCAACUCCUCCCUGUGUAAAGUGAGGAAACAUUGACUCUCAGAGCCAAAUGAAUUUUCUCUUGCUUGUCACCCAAACAGCCACCAUCAUCUGAGUCAUGGCUGGGCUACAUCACUUAGAGGCAGUUUAUCAUCCCUUCUUUCCUGAUGACAAGCUAAGUGUACAGGACUUGGCAAAUGGGACAUCUGUACAACAAAAUUAUAUUCUAUUUUCUGCAGUACAUACAAAGAAGGUAAGUUUUUUUCUUUAGGAAAUCAGAGCUGGUCAAAGCCUACCAUCUCCUUGAAGUAGCAGAAAAGUAGCUCAAAGAAGUAAUAUGAGAAAUCUUUCAGAGAGCAGAAAGGCAGGUUUCAUAAGCAUGUCCACUCCAAGCAGCUCUGGACAGCAAAAUCAGUUCUAAAUGGUUGAGUGCCUGGACGUGAAACAGUUUAUUCUCUAAAAACAAUUGAUACAUUGCUUUAAAACUCAAUUUCUCUUCUUCACUUUGGCACCAAUUUCUGUUAGUGCCAUAUAGUGCCACAUUCAGCAGCUCCAAAGUUGAUUUAAAGUAGAUUUUAACUCUUCUUGACAUGAAGUUACAAAGAGGCUCUAAGGUUUUGUUGUAGGAUGAAGCUUCAGCAUAGAGCUUUCAGCCCCCAGCACAUUCCUAGUGUUAAGUAUGAGGGCAGAGGUCAGAGCU